AUUAUCUUUCUACAUUUACAACACUUCACUAGCUCGCAAAUAAACAAUCUCGGUACUUAAUAGUUAAUACUUCUUUACAAUGAUUCGUUCCAUAUCUACGGUUUAUAUUUUGUUCUUUAUAAACUAUAUAUCCUUUGUGGCAGGAGACUUUCCAAACAAUCCAAAACCAUGCCCUUAUGGUGACAGUGAGUGCAUUAAAAAGGUGGUUAAUUUGUUCCUUGAUGAAAAAAUAGGUGGUUAUGCUCCUCUCAACAUCCCCGAUUUGAAUCCAUUGAAGAUUUCUGAAAUAGCCAUAAAGCAACCCAAAGAAAACCCUGUUUAUAUUGAUUUAAGAUUUCGAAAUAGUCGAAUGCAUGGCUUUAAAGGAGCUAAAGCAACUCACGUGAAAGGAUUUGGAAAGGAUCUUGAACAAACUCAUGAGAUAACCAUAUCAUCAAAGUUAAUGUACUUGUUAAGUGACUAUACAAUUCAAGGAAAAGUUUUAGUCUUACCUAUCAGUGGCACCGGAAGAAGCAAUAUAACAAUGGCAAAUGUAAAAAUUUCAUUGAAAUUAACUGGAGAACCACUUGUCAAAAAUAGCGAAACCUACAUGCAUGUAAAAAAGCUGAAAGUGGGUUUAGAUACAACACGAGUUCAUUUUGAUUUUGAGAAUCUUUACAAUGGUGAUAAGGCAUUGGGUGAUACUACAAACUCAUUUUUAAAUGAAAACUGGAAGGAUAUUUUUGGAGAAGUAAAAAACUCAAUACUAAAAGCUUUUACACCAGUGUUUAAAGAUGUUUUAAAUAAUGUAUUUGAAAAUUUACCGUAUGAUAAGCUUUUUGUAGAAGCUUCUUAGGAACAUUCGUGAGGAAUAUGGUUUGAAUGUGGUUUAUAGCGUAGUUGUUAAUGGAAUAAAAAAUAAAUUUUUAA